AUGCAAGCGAUCGAUUCCACUUUGGCUGAAUGUUAUCGAGCUUUGGGACCAAGCCAUGGCUUUAACUAUGCAAUUCUUCGUAUGACACUUAAUAAUGAUGCAAAACAUCCUGUUGAACGGCAUUUGCUAUCACUUCAAUAUCGUUUACAUCUCCAAUUAGCUACCGAUCUUGGAAUUCGGCAUAUUCGUCUAUCAUCGAUUACAAUCGAUAUGAUACGUAAUAGUAGUGACAAUCAAAAUAACGAUGUUUAUGUAACAUUUACACUUUUGGAUAAUCCACCUGUAUCAAAAACUCAUCUUAAAGAACCAUCAUCAUUAGAAUUAAUUAAAACCUUAGCUCUUCAAAUUAAUCGUGGGGAUUUUCGUGUACGAGACGAUGACGGUGGUUAUGAAUUGAAAGCUCGAUCGGAUAGUCUUCAAACAUUGGUUCUUUAUUUGUUACCACAUGAAAAUCAUACGGCAAUACUCUACUCGAAUAUAACACAAACAAUUAUUAAACGACGUACUAUCAUAGUUGAAAAACAUACGGGUUCAUUUAUAGCUGCAUUAACAACAGGUUUUGCACUGCUUGGCAUUGUUAUUGGAUUUGUCAUCGGCUCGUAUUGGAUAGUGAGAAAAUGGGCGCCGACUUUUCAGCAAAGAACUCCAUAA